AUGCCGCAUCCGUUCGGAUCGCCGAGAAGAGCGCCAAUGGGAAUGUUGCUCCAAGAUCUCACGCCAUUCACUUUAAGUUGUUGGCCUCUCCUCUUCGCGCACUGCCUUCUCUCGCUGCUCUUACUCUCAUGUCAGGGAGAACUCCAGAGGUCAUGCUCACAGACCGUGGCAGAGAAAGUUAGCCAACAGUGCCAGCUGGCGUGCCACUGUAGAAGAUACCCUCCGCUUCCCCCACCACCGCCUCCGCCGCCUCCCCCGCGGCUACUGGGCACCACAGUGGCAGAACCCAUGGUGCCCUUGGUGAGACCCUGGUGGACGGACAUGGACUUUAUAGUGCUAGGAACUGUGGGCUGUGCCUCGGUGCUUUUCCUUCUUUCAGCGAUCAUCAUUUGCUACAAGGCUAUCAAGAGGAAACCGCUUCGUAAAGAAGAGAACGGGACAAGUCGUGGGGAAUACGCCAUGAGCAUCCGCACCAAGAAGGCCAUGGGUACAAACAACACUGUGGUAUAG